UGUCAGUGUCAGUAGCCCAGGACUCAGUCCCUUUGUUCUCCUUCCCCUAACCCAGGAGGAAAAUGAUCUUGAGAUACUACUAUGCCUUACCAGAAGAUCAGUGGUAUUGGUCCUUCAUCACGCUUUUACUAUGUUCUGACUGAGUAAUCAGAUUCGUCUAGUGGUAGAAACCCGCCCUAUUUCGUGGGCUGCUCGGCCGCGGGGUGCACUACCACUUCUGCUCGCGGAGAACACGACUCGCUGGCUCUUAGGAUCGGCUUCUCGUACUGCCUCAAGCACCUAGAACUUUCUGAAAAUGAAGUCAGAAAUCGAGUCAACGAUAGUUUAUGCGUCGACUUGAGCAUGAUUACCGUGAUUUUCUACAGUUUACAGCUGAGUGCGAAUGGGCAGGUUGAACAAUUAUCCGCGUUCGCACUCACCGGUGAGAAUUUCUCCGCCGUGAUAAAGACAACUAUCCGAGCGACUCAAAGCCCAAAUCUGAAAGUCAUCCCACCGGAAAUCUUCGACGUGAUAGCGGAGGAUUUAACUGCUGCCAUCACGAGGUUUCUUCAAUGGACGCGUAUGGUACAUUCCAUGAGAACGCGGGGCAAUCAGGAGAUGAACAACAUUUUGCUCACAGCACAUGGAGGGGCCUGUGGAGAUCACGUGUACUUGAUCAGGGCCAUGUUGGCCUGUGGUAUUGAGCCCCCCCACUUCCGGCUUGCGGAUUCCGUCGCACUCCAUAACCGCUUUAGUAAGCAGGAAUGUCUUGAAAGACUCGCGGCAGAGCACACUAGCCGGUUGACUUAUUUACCUUAUAGUGCUUGUAGCACAGCACGAAUUCUCAGGGCUAUAACGAUCUCCCAAUUUCCAAAGACAACGGAAGCCUGUUAUACUUUCAGUGUCAGCUACAUCGAGUUUGCGAAUAGGACGGGCCUGGGCAUGUACGGUAUCAGGGAGCUUCCCUUUUUUUUGUCUGAUUUUCUGGAAAAUGCUUUGAAUUGAUAUCUUACUGUACUACCAGUCUUAUCAGCGUGAUAGAAGUUGGUAUAGUGACUCAUGGAUAGAUAGAAUUUCGCCCUCAUUGUGAACUUGGAUUGAAAUGAAAUCAGCCUAGAGUCUGCCACCGAUGAAGCUAUACACGCA